UGCUCAGAUUUGACAACCAUGAGACAAGACCUGCACGCCAUGUCACUGGACAAACUGGCAGCAAUCAGGGAGAUCUGGGACAAGUGGGUGGAAUGGCUGCCUCUUAUGUACAACCCUGGUCCUGAGCUCACAGUGGUAAGACUGGUUCCUUUCAGAGAUCACAGUCCUUUCUGUGAGUACAUGACUAGCAAGCCAGGAAAAUAUGGAAUAAAGCUAAGGGCAGCCUGUAAUGCAUGUUCCAGUUAUGCUUGGAAUAUGCAAGUAUAUACUGGGAAGUCAGCUGGUGGAGCCCCGGAGAGAAAACAAGGCAUACACGUCGUAUUAGAGAUGACAGAAGGGCUAAGAGGACACAACGCACCACUUGCUCUGAUUGCAACAAGUGGGAGAGACGUCUUGUCUUCUAAGUUUGCUUUCACCCAUGACACCACUGUUGUCUCGUUUAUGCAAAAGAAGAACACGAAUGUCAUCCUUAUGAGCACAUUACAUAAGGUUGCAGAGGUCAGUGCUCAGGAGUACAGAAAACCAGCCAUCAUCCUUGACUACAAUGCCAAAGGAGGAGUGGACAACCUUGACAAAGUAACAGGCACAUACAGCUGCAAGAGGAGAACUGCCCGCUGGCCUCUCGCCAUAUUCCAUAUCAUCAUUGAUAUAUCAAUCUACCAUGCCUUUGUCAUAUAG